UGUCUUCCAUGAAACUCACCCCUCGAAAUCUCUCUCUGGCAGUGUCUCUCUUUCUCUCUGUGUGUGUGUGUCCGUGGGGCUUCUCUCUGCUCGCCAAACCCAACGAAGAGGUGGGACGAGGGUUCGCGACGGUGCACUAAUUCAUUUGCUGACUGACCGAUGAUGGCGUCGUCGCCUGCGAGCGUGCCGGCUGGAAGCGUUCUGCUGCUGCUGCUGCUGCUCUGCGCCCUGUGCGCCUCCCUGGACUCUGGCUACCGCAGUAACGCAGACAUCGAGCGUUACCUAAAGGAGGUCAACGGAAAAUUCCCCAACAUCACCCACGUGUACAACAUCGGCAGGUCCUCGCAAGGGGUGACUCUGUGGGUCAUUGCGAUCGGGAAACACCCACAAAAACACACCAUCGGCAUUCCGGAGUUCAGAUAUGUGGGCAACAUCCACGGAAACGAGGUUGUGAGUCGCGAGCUGCUGCUCUUCCUGCUGGACGCGCUGGUGGAGGGAUACGGCCACGAGGAGGAAGUGACGCGGCUGGUGGACACCGUGCGCAUCCACCUCCUGCCCAGCCUCAACCCCGACGGAUUUGCCAGCUCUAGGAAUGGAGACUGUGACAGUAUCAUCGGGAGGUAUAACUCCAACGGGAAAGACCUAAACCGAGACUUCCCGGAUCCGCUGAGCCUGCCGAGCUCGGCUCCCCGGCAGCCGGAGACGGUGGCCGCCAUGCAGUGGGCGCUGAGCGAGCCGUUCGUGCUGUCGGGCGGUCUCCACGGCGGCGCCGUCGUCGCUAGCUACCCCUACGACAACCUUAGCGCUGGCAGCGCUAAUUCGUACAGCGCGUCCCCGGACAACGACGUGUUUGUGAGGGUGGCGACGGUCUACGCGUCCAAGCACGGCUCCAUGUACCUGGGCAACCAGUGUGGAUUCAACUUCCCCGGAGGCAUCACCAACGGUGCCAACUGGUACCCGCUCAGCGGCGGCAUGCAGGACUACAGCUACGUGUGGGGCCAGUGCCUGGAGGUGACACUGGAGGUGAGCUGCUGUAAGUUCCCUCCUGCGAGCAGCCUGCCGGACCUGUGGCAGGAGAACCGCGCUGCCCUCCUCGCCUACAUCAAGCAAGCACACCUGGGGGUCAAAGGUCGCGUGCUCGACAGUAAUGGCAACGGGGUGGCCAAUGCCCAGGUGCACGUGGUUGGACGCGCCAACAUCCUCCCCUUCAACACGACCGCGGACGGGGAGUACUACCGCCUGCUGUUGCCUGGCCAGUACACCCUGCAGGUGACCGCCAACGGCUUCCAGCCGUUCUCGGUGUCGCUGCUGCUGGAGGACGGCACGGAAAGCUACGCGGCUACAACGUUCGACCUCAUGCUGACGCAGUCGAACGCGGUGCCGGCGGUGAUCGCCAAGGACGGCAAGGCGGCCGCCGCUGCCGCCAGGCCUUGCCACCCCCUCUUCCCACUCGCUGCCGCUACCGCCGCCGCACUCGCCCCCGUGCUGCUCGCUCGGUGGCACGCGUGACCGUCCUUAUAAGUCCGCACGUGGGAUAUUUAUUUGCAGUAAAAAUUAAACGGAGCACAAGUGGGCAUUGUUUGAAAUGAGCACGUAGGAAAUGCAGUCGUGUAACCCCUUUUCAGGUUCUGAAGUGUCAGGGGCAUGUGGGUCGUAGUAAUGUCGCGCGUGUACACAGCGACGUUGUGGCGUGGUUCGUUUGGGCCCUGGCGCAAGGAAUUAAAUGAGGCCCCCUCUGUCCACCUGACAAGUGUGGUGCUAAUGCCAAUAGGUGCUCACAAGCAGCCACUGGCCCUAACUCUUCAAAAGCUAAAUGGUGGGAUUGUUGUCUUUAUAUAUGUUCACACAUUUACUAUACACUUAUAUUGACACACCCUUAUACAUGUAUACAAGUUGAGUGUAUGUGUAUUGUAUGUGUUUGUAUUCUGUAUCAGUGUGCACAUGUACAUUUGUGGAUGUGUAAUCAUGUGGUCAAGUUUAAAGUGAGUACCAUGUGGGAGGUCGGCAGUGACUAUCCUCCACGUGGAAUGGUCUCUACCAUGGCAAUGUGGAAUAUCCACCACUGGCUCAAGAUUACCAGUGCUCAUUUGUGACUUGACUUUGAAUAUUCACCUGCGUAACAUAUUAAGUGAGCACAUGAGAUUUUGUCUGGCGCAUGUUGAAGACUGUGAUUGGUGCAGUAUUGGGAGAAGUAGUUCAUAGCAUCAUCACCGUCACCAUGUCAAGGACUUUACCCAUACAUUGGUGACCUGGUCUCAUUUGUACAGAAUAACUUGACUUGUAGCUCCAUAUCAAGACAACUAGAUACAGAAUCUGCAUGUUAGUUGUGAGAUCCUAUGCUAUUACACCGUGCCUAAAAUAAUUUGCAUCAUUGUAACAUUUUACAUCCAUAACUACGUUUUGUCGUGGAAUUAUGUGCAUAGCAUUUGUAAUCGGCUACGGUCAAUCCACGGCCAGAUAAAGGCCUUCCCAAGCCACUUCCACUUCUCAAAAUCCUGCGAUGCGUCGUUCUCGAACACCUGCACAUGAACUGGUUUAAACUCCAUCUCCUCGUCGACGUACUCUUGGAUGCGUACCGUUCCUUGGCCUCCACUCCGUUAUUAUUGCGGAGCAUAAUGCUUGCACCAACACGAAAUAAGCUUUUGUAGAGAUGUUGAACAGUUGAUCGUUGUUAAUCAUUUUGUGCCAGUAAUUUUCACCUCGAUAUACUGUACCGUCAUGAAACACUGUUUAAUGGAAUAUUUUAAUUCCUGCAAAUACCAAAGAGCGUCUGUUUUCGAGGGGUCACUCCGGCUUUCACGCAUUAGAUGGUGAAUCUGCAAAGGAUAUACUUGUUUAUGUUUAAGCUUUGUAAAAUGGUCUCACUGGAAUCCAAACAUGUCUGAAACGAAACUUUUUUUUUUUGUCAAAAGGCUAGAGAUCGCUGUCCUGGGGAAAAUCUGUCUUCCCACGAUACAUACAAAGGAUCAACUUCUCACGAAAAAAUAAUAUCCCCAUUCUACAAAGGCAGCAACAAUUAAUUAUUGGGUUUUUUUUGUGUGCCUGGUACUGCGCUUCAUUGCAAACCCAUGCCUAAAAUGCACUGCGUUUUGGAUGCAAUAAACCGAGAAUACAGCGAGUAUGCCAUCGUGUGCCAAAAAAUACUAUAGCGGGGACAUGGGUUGGGAACUGCUGACCCCUUCCUCCACAUCCUCUCGUAAGAUAUAUACAGUGGUAAACCGUUUCUGGAAGAUCAAUUCCAUAGAAUUGUGGAUAUGAAAAUGCAAUACAGAUAUUUUGCACAAUUACACUCAUUAAAAUCUUGGCCGUAUUUGUGGAAGCGCGUAUGCACCUUUAUAUUAUAUAUACUAAAACAUAAAUAUAGUUGUCAUUUUGUAUCAAUUUUGUAUCAACUUUUUACCAUUGCCACACCACGGAAAAGGAGACCAUAGAUAGGUGGUAAUGGAUGGGGAAGGGAGCGAGAGAGAGAAUAAUGGAAAAAAUAUUAAAACGAAUGGAAAAACGUGACCAAAUGGUCUGGAAAGAUGAAGAUGGGGAGGAAGAGGCGACUACCUCGGGGCCUCGACGCUGCACAGUGCAGCGUCUGGUUUCACGGGGGCGGCAGGGGGAUGAUAAUUCGGAGUGGCAGUGUCCAACGGAUAAGUCGCGUGAUUUACGGGAGCCUCGAUGUGAUUUGUAUACAGUAUAUAUAUGGAUUACUGCUGUGAAAUGUACAGCAUGCUUGGUAUAAUUUGAACUUUUGCAGAACACAUUCUUUUAAGGUGACACUUGUGAAGUGUGCUCAUUCGAGUUUUUCUGCUGUCUUGGCAAAUGAUUUAUGAGCCCAUUUAAAAGGGGGGUAAUUGAAAACAGGUUUUUAGCAUAUGGGCUUUCCAGUUUAAUUUUACAAAGCAGCAUUUUAUGAAAUAAUACAGCCUUGGGCUGGUAUCAACUGCAUGGUUUCUCAUCGGCAAGCUGUGUCCUCAUGAACCAAUGCCACUGGGUAAGAUGAUGUUAUGAGCAGGAGCCCAUUUGGCAAUAUCUGAUGUUGAAGCAGAAGCAUUUGUAACACCCAUCAUUUCUGAUGAUUAAAUAUUUUUUAAAGGGUCUUUCAAAAAUCCAUUCGUGGAAACAUUCAAUUUUUCAGAUUUGAACCAAAGAACUUCAAUAUCCUUGCUUCCUGAGAAAGCCAAGUGCAAAAUGGAGGUGAACUUAUUUUUUUUUUUGGCUAAGGCCACAUUUUUGUCAAUAAACCCUGCACUCUAAUAAUUGACUGAAUCAUUACGCAGCCUACUCCAAAAAUUAAUUAUGAAUCGUAAUAUUGACUGCGAAAACCUGCAUGUCUUGACGGAUAACUUUGAUAAGAACACGAGUACUACUGAAAACCGCAGUUACUCGAUCAAAGAAGACAAUGUAGUGUCGUGUAUUUUUUUACUGCCGUCACUUCCAUUUACUUGUGAUUGUACAUCACUUGUUUUGCAAUGCUACACGUGUUUACGAGGAGUGUGUAACGUAAGUUUUGUUUUCCUCACCCCACUGGGUAUUGCCAUUUAACACGUCAGCUUUCGCGACCAAUAUCUAUAAUACGAAACAGGAGGAUUUCUCCACAAACCUGGCUUUCCGUCUGAUGAUGCUAGUUGUCAUUACUGGCAAAACGUCGGACUCGGAUUGUAAAUGUUGUGGAUUUGCUCUCCAACACACCGGUGUGCUGUACUAGUAAUGAAGUGUCACGUUUUGCUUACGUGACAAACCUUACUAAUUAGCUGUGUCGGGUGGCGGCGGGUUCAACGGCACAUUUAAGCGAUCUAACCACAAAAAAAACUAUUUUGGAGGGUAUUGCCAUGUUAAUAUAGUUUUCAUCUGUUGAACACAACUACAACAGAUGCGUUAUUGGGGUAUCCCGUAUAACAAUUUUCUCAAGUAGAAAACCAAACUAUAUUGACACUGAUGAUUUAAAAUAGGUGUUUUGGUCGAGGGUGGUGUGGGUUUACUGUGGGUGAGUUGUGGGUACGGUACCUGCUUUACCAAACCCGUCCUGUUUAAGUUGCAAUAAAGCACAGCUUGUAUCUGUGCCAGGCACGGGUCAUUACAGAAGAUGGAAAAAUGAAAAAUAAUUGUUGCCUCUUUUUUGGAAAGGAAUGUGAUGCUUGUGAUCAGAUGGGAUAUGCUCAUGGGUAGUGUUGCGAUUCCAUCGUUGGUAACGGGAAUUUAAUACUUUUUUCAUUAAUCUAUUUGACAGGAGAAUGCGCUGCUAUCACUGCGCACAUGUUCGUGUGGAUCUUAUCUGUCACAGAAGGCAGCAUUGAAUCAUAUGAUGUUACCAGUGUGUUUUAAAAUAGUACUAAUAUGCAAUCAAAAAACUAUUUCAAAUCGUUAACAAAGCUAUAUAUGCAACAGGUGUUAAGGCUAAUGACAUUACAUAAUUGUUGCCUCAUUAAUACGCCAUUUAAUGACUUAAGAUUUUAUUUUAUAAGGAAAAUCCAUUUCUUACAUGCCAAAGUUCUAAAGAUAGAUUUAAUUUAUUACAGCACGAAGGGCCCAAUGAUCUUUUGGGGUCUAUUUCAUGGGUGUCCUGCCACGGUACUGAUGUUACACAGUACAGAUCUUGGUUACUAUCAUACUUACAUAGAUCACAAUACAGACAGCAAGUAUCGGUACAGAAAUAGGGAAUUGAUAUAAAACGUAAAACAAAAAAUACAUGUUAAUAAAAUACCUCUAUGUAAAGAUUUAUAUGGCAAUUAUCCAAAUAUGCACCACGUAAUUGUGCAUUUUUGCACGCUGGCAAGUUGCCUUGAUAUUUAAAAUUACACAGUUGACACCUGCAAGGGACCAAUUUUUUAAAAUGGUUUCUUGAUGAAUUCAGUGUAGUUAAUACAGGUCGUGAAAGGUUUGCCAUACUACGGUAUUUUUGGGUUUCUACUAUUUUCGAAGAUAAUUCACAUGCAGUGUGCGUUUGCAUCUCGGGUGUUUGUGUGGGUGUGUGUUUGAUUUUAUACUUGGCAUGUGUUUGACCAAAUUGUCACCAAAGCAGAGCUUUGCACAUUUUUUUUACUCUUCAAACAUUUAGAAUUUAGAACUACCUUCCAAUGUUAUGCCAUGUGCUGUAAUUUUGUAAUAAUUCACAAGAUUAUGAAUAUACCAUAUCGAUGAGUUUAUGUAACAGAAAUGUUAUUUUAAUGCAUCUAUCCACCAUGGUUUGUAUCUAUAUAUUCAAACUGAGGCCAUGAAUGUACAUACACGGUGUUGUGAAUUACCCUACUUUGAUACAAACAUCUCAAAUCUCAGGAUAACACCAACCGAAUCUGUGACGUGUCAGUUUGCACGAACCCUUAAGCUGUGUUCACUUUCAUGGUGUUGCCACGUGAUAAACAGGUAUUUCUAUUUAUUUAUAUGAGCUGACCUGACACAAUAUGCCGUUUAUUGUAACAAAAAAUAAAACCACCCCCAAAUAAACUG